CGGGUAAAUUAUAUGUAUAAAUUUAAAAUUAUUAACAUUCAGUUCGAAUAUGUUGAAUCACAUAAAUGUUCGAUGUAGGUUAGGUUAGGUCAUUUACCCGCCAGACUUGCAUCUCGCAUGGUCGUAUAAAAACCUUACCGUUCAUAAUUGUGCUAAUAUUAAUUUAGUUUUUCUCUUUUCGCACGGUUUCCGUGAAAUGUUUAAUGAUCCCGCAGACGAAACGUUCAGGAAACCACGUCGCUUGAGAAAUACACCACUGCAGAAAUAUGUUCGACUCGCGUCGCUCGCUAUAACCCUCAUUUACGCUGGAGCAAUGUACCUUUCCUGGAGAAAAAAUGUUAAGCCUCUUUUAAAUGACGAAGCGUAUAAAGCCAGUCAGAUCUCCGAGGACGAGCAGUCAAUGCUACAAGAUUACGUUACUAUUCCAUUUUUGAGAGGAACCAUAGAGAAAUUAGUUGAGAGACAGCAAGCUAAAAGAGAAGCAGAAGUCGAACCAAAGGAUACGCAAACUAAGGAGAAUUUGCAGACUACAUGAGCGAAGUUCAUACAACAGUACUCAAAGUUAUAUAAUAGCAAUGGACGUUGAAAACGAUGAAUUCUGUAAACCUGGUAAUCUAGAGAGAAGAUUGAGAUUAAGGAAAAGUUGUAAGGAAAGAACAGAUAACAAGGUUUAUAAUAAUACUGAUAAUGAAAGCAGCAAGGUUGAUACUGCUUGUACAUCCCAAUCCUCAAAUGAGAAUGACAGUAUAUUGGAUUUUAAAUCACCAAAAAGAAUACAUUCCUCAGAGCCAAUACAGAAAAUUAUUGGCAGCAACAGACUUCCGAAUAAAUGCAAGAAGAAAGUAUUCCACUCCAAACCUAAAGUUAUUAAUAAUGAAAAGAAAUCCAAAAGUCACAAAUCACAAAAUAAAAAAAUUAUUCACGAUGUACAACAACCAUUGAUUGAAUCAUCUUUUUUUAAAUCUGAAAAGAAAGAAAUAGAAUCACCACAGAGUUUAGUUGAUGUGAAAACAGCUUAUGUAUGUCCAUUGUGCUUUAAAAAUCUCAAAGACGAAAAUUCGCAAGCUGUACACAUGAAAAAUUGUGCCACGAAAAAUAAUGUGUCCACAAAACAAUUAAUGGUUGCAGUGGAGUUGCAAGAACGGCAAGCUGCAGAAAGAAAAUCAUUGGGACUGCUCUCUGCUCCUGUAUUACAAGACAAGAAGAAAUCUGCUCCACGUAAAAUUGACUCGCACCAUGAUCCUGAUCUCCAGCUUGCUUUGGCACUUUCCAAAUCUCUAUAUGAAAAAGAGGAAAUGGAAGAGUGGGAUGAAGCUCAGAUCGUGGCUAUAUCCUCAAAUUCGGUGUUGAAUAAUAAUGCAGAAUAUCCUCAGAAAACGACGUUGCAAAGCUUUGGGUUUAGUAGCAGUAGAAAUACAUUACCAUCAAAUAAUUGGCCUAAAACUAAGAAAAGAAAGCCUAUUGAACCAACUAUCUUGCAAAGACGUACGGCUGUAGAAAGAGACCGCAUCUUAACAGAGAGAAUUGCUGAGAUACUUAUGGGAUAUAAAGAUUUUACUCAAAGAUCUCAAGAAAAAAUAGAAGAAUCUAAUGGCGCUAAAGAGAAAAUUAUUAUAAAAAGUCCAUUACUUCAACAAUUACAUCAAAUUGAUAAUACAUUAUGGGAUAGGACAAAACUUACUUUAACGAAAGAUAUAUUUUAUGUCAAACAAUUAUCGCCUCAAAUAACACCAUUAGAAAAGAAGGAACAAACAUUAAAUGAAGAACUUAUGGAGCGUAUGGAACUGAAUAUAAGCAUUGAAAGAUCUUUGACUAAUGAACAAAUGCAGGAAAUAAAAGAAAUGCAAAAUAUAAAAACGACGAACAAUGAUGAAGCAUUAACGAUCUGUUCAAAUACAAUCAAUAUGUGUUGUAAAGAAAAGAAAUUUCUUGACGAUUUAGCAACAAGUUGGAGAAAUAUGCUUAAUGAUAGUUCUGCAAGUGACAUUAUUAUAUUCGUGAAAAAUGGCAGACACAUAUGGACGCAUAAAUUAGUCUUCCAUACACGUUGUACAAAUAUUUUACUUGAUGUAAGUUCUAAUUCCGAUACAGAGUUCUCUACCGUAAAAGAAAAGAUUUGUUGGCUUGAUACAGACUACGAUGUCGCUUUGGCCUUUCUAGAAUUUGUCUAUUGUGGGAUAAUCAAUAAGUAUUCAAAAAUAUUUGAUUCUGAGACAUUUUUAUCUGGUGUUAGAGUUUUAGGAAGGAGAUAUAAAGUAAAUGAUUUAUUUGCUUAUUUGCGCCAAAAGGAAUCUAAAUCUAAUGUAACAGAAGUUAAACAUGAUUAUAAUGCUUGCGAAAAAAAUACAGAAAACGAACGUUUGAACAUAGAAACGGUUUUAAAUUUUCCAAAAUUAGAUAAACCUGUCAAUGCAUUAUUGAAUUGUACGCACGAUAUUGUGGAAAAUAUUCAGUGCUCUCAAAAGACGCUAUUACAGGAGAAUGUUAAUGAUCAUUUACAUUCAUUAGAAGAAAACAAUUGUAUAUCUACUAAGAACUUGUGCGUUUUGCAAGAUGAAAAAAAUGUUUCAUUGAAAUUAUCAGAGGAAAUAAAUUUUGAAAGCAAUACAUCUACAAAAAGGGAAACUAGUGUAUCUCCUGAUAUGUUUGAUGACACGCCUGUAAUGAAACGCAUUGAUAAAUCCAUAGCACAUUCCAAAGAUCUUGAAGAUUCUAAUAUUCACAUAUUACUGAGUUUAAUUAAACAAGAUACAGAUAUUGAUAUUUCUAGUCAAAAAGUAUCUACUGCAAAAACUCAGAACACAGAAUAUUCAAAGUUAAACAAAGAUAUACCUACCUGUUCGAAAAAUGUAGAAUGGAAUUCGAAAAAUGUAAUAGAAAUUGAUCCAAAUCCAAAAUCAAGUUCCUUAAAAUGUUCUAUUGGCAAUGAAGAUUCUUUAAUUGAUACUCCCCAAAGCAGUAAAUCGAAAUGUUGCGAAGAUCGCCCUUUGGAGAUAAUCAAACAGAAAAGUAAUCUGUCAUUAUUUAUUGAAAAAAUCCAGAAGGAAAAUGCGAAAUUGGAUGCUGAGAUAGAUUCCGACAUAGAGUAUUCUGUACAAAUAUCUCCUGUAAAAUUGAAGAAUCCAUUUCAUGUAGACAAACACGAUAACUUUAAUGUUCAACCUUCCGACAAUAGUAUUGAACAAUCAGUCAAGGAAAAGCCCGGUAGAUUAACUAUAAUAGAGCAACGAAUGCGAUCGUAUGCUGCCAAAAAUCCAGAAUUUUAUUCCCAUCUUUCUAAUGAACAAAUAGAAGAUGUUGAACCAAUUAAUAAUUCACAUAUAGAUUCUCCGUCAUCUAAAAAAGUAAUGGAGUCUUCCUAUAGUAAUGUAUUUAAUUGUACACAAAAUUUUACUUUGCCAAAUGAAGUAUAUGAAAAACAGGUGAAUAUUUCAGAACAAGUAACAACUGUUUCAGCAGUAAGUUCACAACAUACUGAAACAAAGAAUCAAUCGUUUAACGAAACCAUCUUUGAUUUGGAAACGGAAGAUGCGGAAGAGAUUUCUAUGUAUUCUAAAUACAUGAGAGAUCACAAAGAUAAUAGCAUAGCAAAGUAUCGUCCAGCAAUUAGUAGAAAUAAGUCUGAUAAUCUGUCUAAUAAAAGUACAUCUGAUUCAAUCAACGAAAAUAGUAACAUUGGUGAGGCUGAGAAAGAUGAAGUAUUAACUCAAUCUAUUUUAACACAAAAAGACGCAGAUAUAAUUGUUUCGUCAGACACAGAUGUUGAAAGCAUAUCUUCCAAUGUUAGCCACGUUUCAGAGAUCGAUGACUUUAACCAUGAAAAUAUGUUUCAUUCUCUGCAACAGUCUAGAAAAGAAACAGAAAGUAACAAACAGAAUAUAGAAAAUAAAAACAGCAAUCAAUUGCUUGAAGUCGAGAAAUUUUUAAAAGUAAUGGUGACAAACUCUGAAGAAAAAAGCGAUAUUAUUAAUGCAACUAAAUUAAAUAGAGAUGAGUUAAGUACAGCAGCAAUAACAUCUGUAACACAAAAAUCUAGAUUAAAUGAAUUAAAUGAUGACCAGGAAAUAGAAUCCAUUCCUAGCCCAAUUAUGGUAGUUUCCAGCCCAGAUUUUUUAAAUAAUGAAAGCUAUAGUCCGGUUCGAAAUAUGGAAAGCUUGCUUCAAAAUGAACUCUGUGCCGAGAACGUAUCAGAAAUUGAUGCUUGUAAAUUAAAAAAACCGGUCAAUUUUUCUUUUAAUUUUGAAAAUGAUAUAUACCUUGCAAACGUCGAUAUUGAUAAAUAUGAGAAACAACAUUUUUUAGAGAAGAGUCAAUCAUUUAAUACAUUAGGUAUGACAGAAUUUAAAAAUGAUAGUGCGCGCAGACGUGAUAAUAAAAAUAAUCGUGAAGGUAAUAAAGGUAAAGAUACAGAUAAUAAUAUUACAUCUUUUACCCAAAAUUUUACAAAUAUUAAGAACUUUAAAAGAAAAUCUUUAUCUGAGGGACAAAUUGAUACAAAUAGAUUGUGCAAUCAAAGAGGUACAUCGGCACAUGUAUCCAUGCAAUUUCAAUGUAAUUACAUUCAAAACAUUGGAAACGCAAAAACGCCUAAAAUAACUGAUAAAGAUGUUACUCCUCCACCUGAUUACAACGAUAUGAACACUCCUGAAUUACAUAGAGAAAUGAAGAAAUAUGGAUUAAAGACACAAAAACGUAGCAGAGCUGUAAAAUUGUUAACGCAUAUUUAUAACGAACUUCAUCCUUUAAUACCUGAGAAAACGACAAAACAGCAAAUUACUGAACUUUUGAGCGACGAAGACGAGGGUCCUCCAUCAAAAAAACGAAACAUGAAUGAUAACAGUUUGGAAAAAUUAGAUAAUACUGAAGACAGUGAUGAUGAAUUGCCUUGUUCUCAAGAUAGCAAUGAUAGUGUAAGUUCUGAAAAAGAAACAAUCUAUAAAGAAAUGGAAUUUUAUGAAACUAUGGUAUUAUCGCCACUGGAGAAACCAUCAAACAUCACAGAGGCCUUUAUGAAAUUAAUCAAUAUUGAUAAAGAUUUACAUAAUAAAAUAUUACGAUAUGAACCUGUGAAUAUUGAACAAUUGCGUUCUACAUUGCGAACACAUGGAUUUAAAUGUAAACUCUCUGAUCUUAUGAGCUUUCUAGAUCAACAGUGUAUCACAUUUUAUGCGCCAGAACAGAAUGUCAGGAGCAGGACACGCAAGAAAUCAUAAUUCAUUUAUAUUUAUAAUAAUUUUUUAUAAUUCUUAAUAAUAUAUUUACAUGUAAAAUAUCUGUAAUUGACAAACAUUAAGAUAAUGUGUAUUUGAGAGAGAAAAAAUUUAUAUAGCACAAUAUGUAUGUGUUAUAAUAUCAAUUUGUUUAAUAACGUUGUUCAUUAUUUGUAUAUAUAUUUGUAAUAAUUUAAUGAAAUAAUACAAUUUAUAUAUAAAUGGAAA